AUGGCUAGAAGCCGAAGCAGAAGCAGAAGUCGAAGCAAAAGCAAAGAAAGAAGGCGAAGAUCUCGCUCUCCUGAAAGACGACAUCAUGAUCGAGACAAAGAUAGAGAUAGAGCAUGUGAUAAAGAUCGUCAUCAUAGGAAGGAUAAAAACAGAAAAGAGCGCAGCAGGAGUCCUCAUGAACGUAGACGCAGUAGAAGCAGAGAUAGGGACCGUAGAGAUCGUGACCGUGAUGACCAAAGAAGGCGUAGAAGCAGAAGUCCGAGGGAUCGACGUGGUCGCGCUUCCUCAAUUGAUAUCGAGUCUUUAGCUAAUGCUGAGAAAGAUGUAAUGGCUCAGAUGGGCUUCACUGGUUUUGAUACUACCAAAAACAAAAAGGUCGAAGGAAAUUAUGAAGGUGAAGUCAAAAUCAAUAAACAACGACGCUACCGUCAAUACAUGAACCGAAAAGGAGGUUUCAACAGACCUCUCGAAUACAUGGCCUAA